CACUUGCCUGCGCCUCCAUUCCCCCCCUCUGCCUCCUUUUUGACCCUUUUUGACCCUUUUAUCCAUACUGAAUCUUUACCAUUUUCACGAACGUUACUUUCAUCCUGAACGUUGUGCUUCUUCCUCGAAUACGACAGUCAGCAUAUCAUAUCUCUGCAUACUCUUCUUCAAGCAGAAAUACCGUCAUCGUCUCUGUGGCGUUCAGCGCACGUCCCUCCUGGUCCUCACACGCUCUUUCGCGUCCGCUUUUGGACUAAACAAAACCACUUGCUCUUGUUCUCACGUCCUACUCCUACCUACCCAUCGCGUCUCCCUAUCUAGUCCACCUCUUCCGUCGUCGGAGCUGCGUCGCAGCAUCUUGUAACACCCAAAAUCAUCGGGCCUGUACAUUCAUCGCUGGUCGCCCAAGGUAGCACCUGACCUGCGGCUCCAGAGAAGAAGAAUCGGAGUCACAAGACACCAUGGCGCAAGCUGCACCGCUCGCAGAUCGGGGCCCUUCUCCUCUAGCCUCGAACAAUCCCUUUCGCAAUCGCCUUGUCGACAAUGCAAUCAGUCCUGGUUUGGCUCCUGUCAAGCCCGUGUCUACCAACCCAUUUCUUGAUAGCAGCGAAAUCGCCUCCCCAGACGGAACCAGCAACGGCACAUCCACGGGCGACAAUGUGACAAAGUCACCCAAGCCCGCCGACCUGACUGCAGACAUCUUUGCAUCCCUCGAUCUCAAUGAUUCUGCCAAAUCAUCACAGAGAGCCCCGGCUAAUGGAGCCUCACGACGUGAAAACAUGCCCCCACGACCUCACCAACGCGGUCCUCCUGGCCGCCACAGGCCCAGUAACUCUGACGAGGAGCGCAGACGUCAGCAAGCGAAACAACGUGGCCUGCCAAACGAGCUUGACAUCUUCGCAGACCCAUCCGAGAAUCGACCCCGCGAGAAACGGACACAGCGUCGAAAUUCAGAGUCUUCUGUCCGUGAUAAACCAAAGGAUUUGGAUCCAGAGGCCGAAAAGAGACGCAGAGAGAGAAAACUGCGUGAAAAAGAGGCAAAAGGUUCGACUAAGUCGAAGAAGCCGAGUGCAAGACUAGACAUUAUCGACAAACUCGACGUCACAAGUAUCUACGGCACUGGAUUAUUCCACCAUGACGGACCCUUCGAUGCUUGCAACCCUCACCGCAAUCGGAAAGGCUCCAGGCAAGCACCAAUGCAAGCCUUUCCAAAAGAUUCUGUAAACAUGCAACUGGGUGGUGCUGGGCCUCUGAACAAGAAAAUCAACCUUGAGCAGUAUCACGGCACAGGACAAGAAGCUCACGUCGAUUACAAUGAAGCGGCAGUUGUGGACGAAGAUGUCGACUACUUUCGCCGACCGCCGACCGAGAGAAGCACUAGUUUCAACCCAAUUGCACGCACUGAGCCAGUCCAUGGAAGUGAAACCGCCGGUCUCGGCACCAGCACGUUCCUAGAAGGCGCACCAGCAAGUCGGGCUGCUAUCCAGCGCCGAGAAAGCGAGUACGAGGCCCAGCAGCAAGCACUAGCAAACGGUCUGUCACGAAAGAAAAGUUUGGCACAGAGGAUCAAGUCCGUGCGACCAAAGAUGUCCGACGGGGGUCGCAUGACGUCGCCAGAGCCGAUUGGCACCCCAAACAGCCCGUUGGGAACGGGCAGGUCUGAGAGCAACGCCAAUCCAUUCUUCAAGGAUUACGAUAAGGAAUAUGAAAAGAAAGGUGCUCAGAUCGCAUUCGCCGAGGACCCACAAAAGCCAAGUCGGGCUCGAGCGCCUAGUAGUCCUCGCCGUGGCCUCGGUUUAGAAAGAAAGUUGACAGUCGAGAGCCUCGGAGCUGAAGAAGGCAAAACUGGUGGCGGCUUUCUUAGUCGAGUCAAGAGUCUGAAGGGUGGAAGCCGCACUCGCGGAAGGCGAAAUACCGAAACUUCUUGAAGGGCUUGCAUCGUCUCGGCUUGGGUUAAUGGCGGCGUUUGGGUGAGCUGCAUGGGCUUAGGAUAAGCGCUGUCACGCUGGAGUUUACUGACGAGGGGGGCGGCAUUGGGCACGGGAAUGGUAUAUGCUUGGGCAUGCACGACCACGACAAUGAUGACAAUCCUAUGACAAUAAAUAAGGCAAGCUUGAGCUGGUGAAUGUUUGUUCGAUGACAAGUCUGGGCCAGCUACUUCCAAGCUUGCUGGCAAAGUUGGAGGUGCUGGACUUGGAUAUGCACAGAGGAUGGAACUGUCGAGCAUCGAAACAAGAGCUGAGUGAAUGGCCGUCGCAAGCACUCACUCAGUACGUCAGCCAGGAGUAGAUAGAUAGGGAACGGCUGUUUCCAUCGAAGCAGCCUGAGUUGCUGGCUUGCGAAGGGCUUGCUGUGUGCUACUUCAGGUAGACUGCCUGUUCACCUAGGUAUCCGAACUAUUUCUUGUAUUCUG